AUGACAUUGCGAAAAUUCCAGAUUCAGGAACAGCGCAACUUCAAGUUUCACGCAGUUGGCAACAUCUCACACGAAUCAUCAGAGGCGAAGGUCAAAGAAGAAAGUCCCCGCGUGUUCUUCCUACCGAAGACACUGAACUGGUACAUUGGUCGCAGGCCCCGGACGGCUUUCACAGGAACGCAGAUUGAGCUUCUGGAAAGUGUAUUCCAGGUGAACUCCUACCCAGGUAUAGAUGUAAGGGAGGAGCUGGCACAAAGACUGGACUUGGACGAAGACAGGAUACAGAUUUGGUUUCAGAACCGUCGGGCGAAGCUGAAGCGGUCACACAGAGAGUCACAGUUUCUCAUGGUGAUAAAAGCCUUCACCGAUCUCCAGGGCUCAUCAGAAUAG